AUGUGCCGCUUUCUGGUAUACAAAGGCAGCCAUGAGAUUCGUUUGAGCAAACUGGUUACAGAACCAAGUCAUUCGAUCCUGACUCAAUCGUAUGAUUCUCGCUUACGAUUAGACAACCGCCGUCCCGUCAACGGCGAUGGCUUCGGAGUCGGAUUCUACACCGACCCCAAGCUCGGCCCCGAGCCGUGCAUCUUCACAUCGACGCUCCCGGCCUGGAACUGCGAGAACCUGGAACGGCUCGCGUCGAAGACAUGCUCAAAUCUGAUCUUCGCGCACGUGCGCGCCACGACGGAGGGCGCGCUCUCCGACAACAAUUGCCACCCCUUCCAGCACCAGACGCUGAUGUGGAUGCACAACGGCGGCAUCGGCGGCUGGCAUUACAUCAAGCGCACGCUGGCCGACUCGCUCGCGGACCGCUGGUACCUGGGCGUCAAGGGCGGCACGGACAGCGAGUGGGCCUUUGCGCUGUUCCUCGACCUCCUGGAGAAGGAGGGCGUUGAUCCUAGCUCUGACCCGGGCCCGGAGGGCUUCGGGCAGGCCUUGCUGCGGAAAGUCAUGGUCAAGACCAUCGCUAAGAUCAACGAGUUUAUUCGCGACAUCCCUAAGCGGCAUAAUGUGUCUGGGGUGGAGACGCGCAGUCUGCUGAACUUUGCGGUUACGGAUGGCCAUACGGUCGUGUGUACGCGGUACAUUAGCAGCAAGACGGAUGAGCCGGCGAGCUUGUACUUCUCGUCCGGGACGAAGUGGAAGGAGGGGAAGGAUAAGGGGCACUUCAAGAUGGAGAGACACGAUAAAGGCGCGGAUAUUGUCCUAGUGGCGAGUGAGCCGAUCACUUUUGAGAGACAUAAUUGGGUCUCUGUCCCGGCGAACUCGAUCGUCACGAUCCACAAGCAAACAGUGCUUCUGCAUCCCAUCUUGGACGAGUUCUACAGCGAGGAUUUGAACCACGACCGCUCCUCCUGCUACGCCGUGUCCAAGGGUCUCGUAAGCACCGCCCCGGGAACGACGGUGCAGCCGCAGAACGUCGACGGGUCUGGCAGAGCAUCAGAGCCCGACCUGUCGGAACCGGGUGUUGUGAGCGCCAAAAAGUCGGGCGUUGAUGACCUCAGUGUCCGGAUGGCGCAACAUCGACUAGAAUGCGCGAAUCAAUGCGCCUUAUCGCAUUGA